AUGGCCUCUUUGGAAGAUAGUGCUGUUUUGAAAUUGGAGGGUAGCUCUCGUACACCAACCAAUACCCCAGUAUUGAAUCCAGUUGUUAUUCAGAAUGAUGCGUCUGCUGUACCAAACACAAUGAGGUUGAAUGGAUCAAAUUAUCCUCUUUGGUCCAAAGUUUUGGAGAUGCACAUCGCUGGACGUGGUAGGAAAGGCUUUGUGAUAGGGAGUACCAAGGAACCUGCUGAGAAUAGUGCUGGGUAUGAGGCAUGGGAGACAGGGAAUGCAAUCGUUAAGUCUUUCAGACUCCGUCAAGAGGGCCGGCCUGUUGGUGUGUAUUAUGCUGAUCUCAAGUCCGUUUGGCAGGAGUUAGAUCAAAGGAGACCAAUCAAGAUGGAGUGUGCAGUGGAUCUCAAGACCCUUCGAGAUGAGAUUCAAAUUGAUUGUGUGUAUGCCUUUUUGGCUGGUUUGGAUGAUAUCUUUGAUAAAGUACGUAGUGAUAUUCUACAUACUCAACCCUUACCAUCUGUUGAGGAAGUGUUUUCUGUCAUUCGGCGUGAAGCACAAAUACAUGCCACCAUGAUGAGUGGGAGUAACAACCAAGGAGGGCUGCCGUCCAUGGCCAUGAAAAAGCUACGUGCAAAGGAGCGUGGGAGUGGGGGAAAUAAUGGAGGCCGUGCAUCCCUGGCUGCUGCCUCACCAAAAACUAAGGAGGAUGAGACUAUCUCCAAUCACCUGAGUCAAACUUUGUUGACUCGUUCUACCCAUGGUGAUUCAUCCUCCACUGCAGGUACUGUAGGGCAUGUUUUUUUGGCUUCCGACAUUGAGCAUCAUGCAGGUUGGAUUCUGGACUCUGGUGCAACGGAUCAUAUGACAUACGAUAAGAAUGUGUUUCAAUCUAUGACAACAUCUCAUAGGGAAUAUAUUGCAACUGCUAAUGGUACCCGUACACCUGUUGUUGGUGCUGGUACUGUGUAUCUCACAGCCUCUCUUCCUUUACACCGAUGUUUGCUUGUUCCAUCUUUAUCACAUCAUUUACUUUCCAUACCACAGAUUACUGAACAAUUGGAUUGUGUUGUUCUAAUGUAUCCGUCCUUCUAUCUACUUCAGGAUAUUCAGACCAAGGAGAUAAUUGGGCGUGGCACUAAGAGAGAGGGGUUGUACUAUGUGGAUGAUGUCGUUCCUGGCAGAGCUCAUGUAGUCCGAGUGCUCCGUGGUAGUAACUUACAAGAAGUAUGGUUAUUGCAUCGUCGAUUAGGCCAUGCAUCCUUUAGCUAUUUAAGGCGCCUAUUGCCUAGUUUAUUUAAUGGAAUAAAUGAAUUAGACUUACAUUGUGAAGUAUGUAUUCUUGCUAAAAGCCAUCGUGCUUCGUUUCCUCCUAGUAUGAAUAAAAGACCUUUUCCAUUUGAUCUUGUGCAUUCCGAUGUUUGGGGGCCUUCUCCAGUUGUUACUUCUUCUGGCCUUCGGUGGUUUGUUACAUUUAUUGAUGACUGCACUCGUAUGACAUGA